AUGGUUUUUUCUUUCUUCCUUUCUUUCUUUCUUCCUUUCUUUCUUCCUUUAUUCCUUUCUUUCUUCCUUUCUUUCUUCCUUUCUUUCUUUCUUUCCUUCUUUCGUUGCUUGUUUCUUUCUUUCGUAUCUUAUUAUUCAUUCAAUUUUCGUCUUGUUUUUUCUUUCUUAUUUUUCAAAAUUUAUUCGAUAUCUUACGCGCUUUCUUUUACCUUUUCUUUCUUUUUCUUUAUCUUCUUUUUCUUUUCGCUUUCGACCGACUUGACUAUUCUACUUGCUUCAUUUAAUUUUCCUCUUGCUUUUUGUCCUCUGAUCUCUCUAAAUUUAUUACACCUGCUUUCAUCUUUCUUAUUUCUCCCUCUUUCUUUCUUUCUUUCUUUCUUUCUAACUCCCUUCUUUCUUCCUCUCUUUCUUUCUUUCGUUGUUUUUCUUUCUUUCUUUCUUUCUUUCUUUCUAACUCCCUUCUUUCUUCCUCUCUUUCUUUCUUUCGUUGUUUCUCUUUCUUUCUUUCUUUCUUUCUUUCUUUUUUUUUUUCUUUUUUUCUUUUAUAAUUGGCUUUGUUUAAUGUUUCCCUCUUGGUUUUUCCUUCUGAUCUCUCAUCGCUUUGUUUCUCUUUUCUUUCUAUCUUUCUUUCAUUCUUUCUUUCUUUUUCUUUCCUUCUUUUUCUUUCUAUUUUCUUUAUCUCAUCCCUCUCUUUCUUUCUUUCUUUCUUUCUUUCUUUCUUUCUUUCUUUUCUUUCCUUCUUUUUCUUUCUAUUUUCUUUAUCUCAUCCCUCUCUUUCUUUCUGUCUUUCUUUCUUUCUUUCUUUUUCUUUCCUUCUUUUUCUUUCUAUUUUCUUUAUCUCCUCCCACUCUUCCUUUCUUCUUUUCUUUCUUUUUCUUUCCUUCUUUUUCUUUCUAUUUUCUUUAUCUCAUCCCUCUCUUUCUUUCUGUCUUUCUUUCUUUCUUUCUUUCUUUUUCUUUCCUUCUUUUUCUUUCUAUUUUCUUUAUCUCCUCCCACUCUUCCUUUCUUCUUUUCUUUCUUUCUCUUUUCUUCUUUUUCAUUCUAUUUUUUAUCUCCUACCACUCUUCCUUUCUUCUUUUCUUUCUUUUCUUUCUUUCUUUUUCUUUCUAUUUUCUUUAUCUCAUCCCUCUCUUUCUUUCUUUCUUUCUUUCUUUCUUUCUUAUAUACCCUGUUUAUUUUUUUUUUCAGUUCCUUCUAUGUUCUUCAUUCAGUUUUCCCUUCCGUCCUAUUUUCUUUAUUUAA